AUGAACUGGUGAGAUCUGUUGAGUGUGUGCCUUAAUGUGGGGUCGUGUUGAAGUUAAAGCAGGAGACCGUUUUUCAUUGAGCUGGGAAAGUGCUGACUGGCAGCAGAAAGUGUGAGAAGGCUACUUUUAGCUUUGCCUGCAGACUGGGAAACUCCUGCCUGCUGAGAAGAGGGAGAGGAGAGAGUAGGGUGUGUGUGUGUGAGAGAACAACCAAUAUACUGGCUUGUGGCCAGGCUGCAACUCUUUGAACUCUCUUUUGUUCAAAGCAGCAGACAUCUGUCUAGACUGCAAAUAUCGUCUUUCCACAACUUGCUGCUCCUCUCUUCUGAGCUUGUUAUAUAUAAAGUCAGACUGACGCCAGGCAGAAGGCAUAAAGGACAAUUUGAGCAUAAUCACUGUAAGUGCUUCUGGUAAAUCAAAUUUUAAAGUAAAUUUGGAUUUUGGUAAAUAAUAAAGCAGGUCCUUGUGCAUGUGUGCUACAUUUGCAGUAUGCAUGUUAAGGGCAGUCUUUGUGAGGUAGAAAGCUAAAGUUUUGGUGCUUUUAGCUGCAUCUUAACAUUCAAUGUUGCCAUGAUCACUAUGGCCGUGAUGAGUCUCUCUGAUUAAAAAAUGUGUUGUGAUUUUAGAUGAUAGAUGAUUAGUUGCAGCCUUUCCACACAAGUUUGCAAUGAUACAUUGAAAAAUAUUUCCAGAUGCCUGCAUCAGCUUCUUUGCAACCCAAAAUAACUUGAAAUGCACUUUUUGGUGCAUGCCCUUCACUAUCUCUGUUAAGCUGGGCUGAUCAGCUAUUUUUGAGCAGGUUUUUGUUGUCUGCAGGGAAACCAUCAGUGACAAGCAAAGACUAAAACCCAAUAGAUAAAAUCCACACACAAACACCUCAGCUGUCGUCCACUAUACAACAGUUUCACUUGUUUUUAUUCUCGAGGAGGAUUUCUGUAUGCUAAUACAGUUAACAAAGUAAUUGUUGACUUGAACUCUGACUUGAACUCUAUUGCAUCUCAAGUUGCUAGUUUUACCAGAAACAGUUGAAGACAGUCAUUGCGUCAUGUGUGUUUUGAGCUGGUGUUCUUGCUUUGACCUGCAGCGUAUAAGAUAGAUAACAAUAAAUUCUUCCACCAGAUGAUUAUUAAAUAUUAAACCAAUCUUGGAACCGUUGGCAACCAUCAUCCAUCAUCAUCUGACGAGCGUUAACACAUCCCCCUGCAUUUGGAUGCCAACUUUCUAGUAAUUCAGGUAAACCCAGAGGUUAUGAAAACAAACUCAAGCAGAGAUUUCCUUUCAGUGCUGCAGUUUUGUCUGCAAUGUAAAUACUGUCCAUUCAUGUGUUUCAAGUACCUGAAACCAGGUUUUACACACAGACGCUCCACCCUUGCUCAAUUCAUUGAUAAGAACUCUAAAAUUAAGUCUAUUUCCUUGUGAUUUACUCAUAAUAUAUACGCAUCAAAUUGGCCAAAUAAAAAAAAUCAAGAUAAAAAACAAUGUUAGCUUAGUGCUGAUGGGAACCAGGAUGUGAUUAUGUUGGUGUUUGUUAAGCCUACUUUACUCUCCACAUGGACUGAUUUUCUUGAACUGAUAUGCUAAACAUUAUGCCCCAAAAAUGGCAUUUGUAGUUAGACAAUGUAUAAAAAAGAUCCUUUAAGCCAUAUGGGCAAACUACCUUUAAACUUUAUAAAAUGUUUCAGGGCUGCAUGUGUGAAUACAGAUAGAUGUUUACUUUGUCUUUAUGGAGACUUUCUUUUUCUAAAUAUAUAACAAAAUAUUCCGCAAAAUUCACCAUGAAUGAGCAGGUAGGAGUGAGGACAGUUUUGUCAUGUGACCUAUGAAAGCAGCACAUGACAAGGCAGCAUAAAAUGUCAAAGGCUGAAGAAACCAGGAACACUGAAGAUGUUUACACAACCACUUGUUUGCAUGUAGCAUUGACGAAAAUGCAAAUGACUUGUCGUAACAUUCGUUGCUGUCCGUUUAUCUGCCAUCAAGUUAUAAACCUUACUCUGUGGCUUAUUGCAGCAUACAGCAGCUUUUGUAGGAGUUUAGUUGAUGUUAGUUUGGUUACAUAUAAUUCUCUCUUCUGGAAGAUCUGACACAGAUAUGCAUAUGUCAAUCAUGAAACAAUAAACCAGUUAAAAAUGAGAAUUUCUUUGCUAAAUUUAAACAGUUUUUGAAAGUGUAGAGCAGCUGGUGGGUUCCCAUACCAGGAGUUUUCUCAUGAUUCAAGCUGCAGACUACACAAGUUCUAUUUAAACCCUGCCAAAGUUAUUUAAGUAAAUAAAGCCAGAUGUUAUAUCUACAUCAAAAUGCUCACCAUGUCCAUUAUCAGUUUUCUUCAAAUAGAAAACUAUAGGUGCUAGUUAACUAUGUUUGUACAGGUUGAACCUCAAAGAAGGGGCAGAGAGUGACUAACUUGUUAUUUUGGUUGAACUAAAUAGACAGCAAUGAACUUAAAAAAACAUCUUUUUGUCUACAUCUCAUCACCUCACAUCAAAUCUUAAGUACAGCCGCCAAUUCUUAAGCCCCAAAGCAGUCUAUUUCCAGCAGUGUUACUUUAUAACAAAAGGCCCCUUCAAAGUAAAAGCCUCAGAUAGUCAGUGAAAGGACCACACAUACUGUACGGCUGACAUGUCGACUCCUCUUUCAGCUCGAGUGGAGGCAGUUAAUGUUCGUCAGCAGCAUUUUAAAGAGUUUUCCUUGGGUCUAAGCACACACACACACACACACGCACACACACACUUUUCAUCUCUGAGUGUUAAUGGUACUGACUCAUAAUGGCUCCCUAUUCUUGGCACUUUGAACGCCUUGCUAAUGAAUCACAUGUGUGCUGCUGCUGGUUGUAUAUGUGUGUAAGGUAGUGCAGAGCAGGGGUGGUCCUGCCUGAUGUGUAUGUGUGUUUUUUGUGAUAGGGUGGGCUGUGAAGGGGGUGGUCUCUUUCUGAUCCCUGGAGGUAUCUUUUUUUUGCAGAGCCCCUAUAUGUUCAUGCUGGUGUGUAAUGCCACACACUGAUGCCCUCCUGUAGAGUUACAGUCAGACGCUGGCAUCACUUCAAAGAGCUGCAGUGUGAUUCAGUUCGUCUGCAAGAAUCACCUUGGAGUAGUAGUGGGAUCCACACACUUUUUCUUGCAUCUUUCUUCCUCUACUCUAUAAAAACUUCAAGUGGCAGGUUAUCCAGUUUGUAGAUGAUUGAAUCUGUCAAAUAUCAUUAUUUUGACGUUUCUUUUGUCCCUGCGUGUGUUGACAAAUGGACACAGUCAAAACAUACUAUUUUCAGUCCUUUGAAGGGUUAUUUUAACUUACAUUGCAAUGAUUUUGGUUUUUUGAGUAAAACCAGAGAUUGACAUAUUUUUUUGGGUGGUGACACUCUUCAAAUCGAAUACUGUUACAACUCAAGUCAUCUUAGGUUUUGAUAAUUCUGCAGAGAUGGUUUUUAAGAACUAAGUGCAUUACAUUCUUGCAUCUAUGUUCCACACUUCUACUGCAAGUACAGGGUUGUGAUAUUCAGGAGUAGGCUUCCUGUUCACAAAAUGUUACAUGAAAGAUAAAAAACAAAAUAAGUUUAAAUUGUCUGUUGGGACGUUCUGUUAAACUUUGAUGUAAGCUGACAAAACAGUUAGCUAUCUAUGGCAUUAGCCUUGCUUAGCCAUACCUAUUUAUUUUCGUGAGCUGGGAGUGGGGGCCUUUCCACACUGUUUUAUCCACUGUGGACAAUGCUCCUUCUGUGUUUUCGGCUUUGGAAAGGGAAAGAAAAUGAUUCCCCUAGCCAAACUCUUGCAGUACCAAGUGUCUGACAUGCACACGCCAUGGGCACACCGCUUCACCAUUUCGCUCGUGGUCUGUGGCUUAUCGGACCCUGCUUACAUAGCAACAGUUGCUAGGCUGUGUGAUUGGACAGUGACCAUUUGGGGGCAUGGUUUUGCGAAAGGUCAAUUGUCCCUGCACCUUUGUGGUACAAACGUUGUGUCCAUACAAAAUGUUAACUUCUCUUGCAUUGUUGUAUUAAUCAGCUGCUCCUGCACUGUAUUUACAUAUGGCACUAUAUAUAAACCAUGCAAAUCUAGUUUGCUUGGAAGCCCCCGGAGGUGACAAUGCAAAAAAAAAAAAAAUCUCACACGAGAGAUUUGAUGUCUUGAUUUCCAGUCAGCCACAAGAGCAAGAGCAAUCUGUCCUCUGGAGAAUUUUGCAACCACUUGUAUAAAAGUUCUGUAAGAGCUUUCAUAUGUAAUUUUUCAUGGACUCCAAAUCUAAAUAUAUUCAACCUUUUUAAGUACUCCUGUGAUGUGUGCUGUUUUUGUUUUCUAUACAUGUCAGUGAUGCAAACCCGGCACGCAACCUGCAUGAGUUUCAUCUAAAGAUCUUCCCACAUCUGCAGGAAUGAAUGCCGUCACUCACCAUGUAUGGAUAAAAGGAUUUCUGCACUCUUCACCUGUAGUGCCUUGCCUCUCUGACUAAACUGAGAAUGUUUCCUCACGAAGACUGUUCACUUCACAUCAUGCCGUGCAACCCUUUCAUGUCCCUCUUUCAAGUUAACUUAAACAUGGGAGCCCUUUGAGUCAUCUCUGGCUGCUUUCUUUGGAGUGAUUACUCGUCUAAAGAUGGAAAUAAAAAACUCUUUAAUCAGGCACUCCCAAGCACAACUUUGAGAGGGGACAUUUUCCUUCCUUUUCUGUAUCUUUCUUUUUUCAUCUUUACUCCUCCCGCCCUCUUUGUUCUUAAAACAAAUGUGAAGCAGCACCACGAUGUAGCAGCUGCAGCAAAAUCUGUUUGAAGGGAUCUCAUCCUGCGGGGUCACUGAGGUUCAGACAGAGCUUUACAGAAGAAGUCCAAUAUAAUGUGCAUGGCUAAGGAGAAGUCAGUGCACGUUUUUUAAUUGUUUUUUGCUCUUUUGUUGUAUGUGUGCUUUAUGAAUUCAUUACUGUGGCUUGAGUUUUUUGCUUACUGGUUAAAGAGUUACUGAGAAGAUGAUAAACAGUGAAACUUGAACUCUAACUUAAAAUAACAUGUUUAGGGAUGUCCCCAUCCAAUGUCAACAUCGGAUAUUGGUCCAAUAUCACCAGAAAAAAAAAGAAUAUCGGAUUACAUUGGCCUGCAUCUAAAAUCUCUGAUGCAAGCAGUCUUUUCCAGACUCCGCUCCGGCACCUCUGUCUAACAGCGCCCGGAUCCAGCAUACAGAGCCCACGUAAUCACAACAACAGUGUGUACUAAGGUACUAACAAAGUAGCAAGGAGUAGGAGUGAUGUCAGCCUUGUGGCAGUAUUUUUCCUUUAAGUCAGAAAAAGACGUAGCUGCUGAGUGCAAAACUUGUUAUUCACAAGUUUUGUGCCAGUAUCGGAUCAAUAUCGGUAUCAGCCAAUACUGAAGGCUACAAUAUCGGUAUUGUAUCGGAAGUAAAAAAGUUGUAUCAGGACACCCCUAAACAUGUUUGAUGCACUUUAAGCGACAGCUACAAAACUGCAAAUUUUUUAAGCUAAUUCUUAGCGCACAUUGUGAGUAGCAUUUAGCUUAAAGCCACCUCUAGCAUUACCUGGAGUCAAAUUGUCUGCCUUCCAACCACUUCCUCAAUUACAUUACAUUAGCUAUGAACUUAAUGAUAAUGUUUUCAUGUCAUGAUUACCUAGAAUUACCGCACAAUAGAGUCUAACACUUUCAAAAGUUUUAGCUUUGGGGCGUGCAGAUGGCCGAGCGGGUUAGCGUGCCCCACCUAUGGGGACCACGGUCCCCGCAGCGGUCACGGGCUCGUGUCCGGCCCUGGCCAUGUGCUGCAUGUCCUCCCCCCUCUCUCUAUUUCUCCAGACUUCCUACCUGUCCUAUCAAUAAAGGCAAAAACUGAAAGAAAUGUCUUUUAAAAAAAAAAAAGUUUUAGCUUUAUGCCACUGCCUAGCUAACGUUAACAUUACAAAGCAUUCAACCACUUCCUAGCAAAAAAAUUUGGUUGUGUUAUGCUUGCUGACAGUAUGAUAUCAUGAUGACAUCUGAGCUUCACACGCAUAGCAUGACCUCAGAGGGAGAUAGCUGGUGUGUAAAUACGGUCCACUGAACCGUCGUGUGUUACAUAUUUAUUUACAGUCACUAUGACUGGACUGAUUUCUCAUCACCCUACACGCAUGACUAAAAUUUGGAGUGUUUUUUCACUGAAAAGUGAAGUUAAAGCUGUUAACUGUAUGUGUGUGGAACCUAACACAUACAAAGAGUGCACUGUAUAUAAAUAAACUCUGAGACUAUAGCAGCUUGUCUUCUUCAUUUCACCAUAAAACUUCUGAGAAAUUGUCUUAGAGGCUUCCUGUUCUUUGCUGAGAAAUUUUCUAAAGAAAACAAAAAAAGGAAAUACUCUUGUGUGAGAAGAACAGACCAGUGUCAGUAAAAGGAAGUAUCAGCACUGGGGGGAGACAGUGCAGCCGGAGCUCCCUCAUGGACUCCAUGAAGGAUGUGUCCAGGCUUGUUCCCAUCUAGACUGUAAAUGAUUAACAGGAAGCAGAGUCACAACUUCGCUCCCACACAUCAGCCCCUUCUCACACACAGACACAUAUUUCAACAGUGAAAUCUUCACAAAGCUGCAGCUUUUUGUUUAAAUAUGGAUAUCCUGCAGUGCCAGAUUUUCAGCCAUUGUUGCAGUAAGCACCUAUCAGCUGAGCUCACAGUGUCCACGCUGAAACUAUGCACUGUUAUUGUGUGGUGUCUGGCAGCUGGGGCUCUGCACCGCCUGAAGGCUUGCAACACUCUUCAUCCAAAACGUCAAAUUUUGCUGCAGGUUUUUGCUCCGUUUAGUAGAAUUUGCGUGUUUGUGGGCGUGCCUUAACUUUGUGUUUACUUGAUGAUUGGUUAUGUCACUAUGAGAGCAGAGUUUCAGAGAAAGAGGAAGCAUCGAAGAGAAGUUGCUAAGUUGGAAAAACAACACCUGCUUGUUUUACCUGAAGCAUACUGACAGUGGAUUGAUUUAACACCCUCAAUAAUUCAUGCUGUUGGCUCUGUUUAAUACAAGUUCCUUAUGAUCCAACAGCUUUAAUAUUCCUGGAAAACAAAUAUUUGCAUCAAUCUUCAUUUGUAUGUGAAACCUCAUUACUUCCUUGCUCAACAUGCAAAAAUCACUUGCAUGCAAUUGUCCCCAUUUCCUCAGUGUUAUUCAGUGUUUUCUUUGUUGUUCUUCGUUGCAGUGUUGCAUUGCCCAGGAUGUCUUCAAAGACUCACAGCUCCAAUAACAUCGCCCAUGCCAGGCGAACAGUGCAGCAGCUGAAAAUAGAGGCGAGCAUCGAGAGGAUAAAGGUAAACUGCAACCACAACACACUCAACUUCAUUGUCUUCUCUCAAUCCAGCUCAGAAUAUGUUUUGUGUGAUCCACCAGCAGCAGUUACAGUACAUCCCCCUUUUUUUCAUGUCAGACUUUUUCAUGUCUCCUCAUCCUGGUUAAUAGUUAAGUAUUUACAGGUCAAAUUUAACAGGGGGUAUUGUAGAGUUCAUAUAAAUAAAAUUCAAUUUAAAACUGCAGUUAGUGGCUGAUUUUAGUAGACAUGUGACCAGUCUUGUGAGAGCCACUUUUUCAGUUAUUUCUUUUAUUCUUUAAAACUUCAUUUUUUAAAGUUAUUUCUUUUUCUCAAUUACAUAACUUGAUUAUUUUUUCAGCACCCCUAAAAAAUUGAAAAAAAAAAUUGCCUUUAUCCAUCCGUUAGUCAACUUUACAUUCAUUUAUGUUUUAUUUUAUUUUAUUUUUUUACCUCGUUCUUCUGUUUCUAUUUUGUGGCCAUGUUCACAUUUUCUCUGUUACUUUAUUUCAAAAGUAGCUUUAAACAUGAUAAUGUAACAGACUCUACAAACUAAAGUGUUUGCAUUUGUGCAACAAUUGAAACUUUAUCGCAUUGAAACCUUGAAUGUCAAACUAACAUUUUGGAAUGAAAAUGUGGCCAGUUAACAUAUUUUCAACCAAUUAGUCAGGUUGUCGUAAGUUUUGUUGGUCUAAUUACUGGAACACAACAAACCUGUUUGGAAAGUAGAUGACUGAAAAGUGUUUCUACAGUUUUAAGGACCGCAGACUGCUGCUUGUGGCAGCACUGUGCCAAUACUUUGUUUAGAGUCCCGCCUCUGGCAAGUCAAAUAGCCAAUCACAGAAUAAUUUUUUGGGGCCACACUUGUGAGAGGGGCCCAUACCACCCGCCCCUUUGGAGGAACUCCUCUCUCCUGCGGUUCUCUAAAUGACCCACAGAAGUAUUAGCUCCUCUGUCUUCUUUAUAAAUGUGUAUUCUUUGUUGAACCUCUGUUGAAAACUAACGCUGAGCCUCGUCUCUGUGUUUGUUCUCUUUUGUUUCUAAAGGUAUCGAAGGCCUCUGCGGACCUUAUGAAUUACUGCAGUGAACAUGCCAGAAACGACCCUCUCCUCAUGGGCAUCCCCACCUCAGAUAAUCCCUUCAAGGAUAAAAAACCCUGCACUAUAUUGUAG